CUGCCCGGCGCCGCGCCGGGGUGGGCAGUGCUGGGCGCCGCGCAGGGCCGCGAUCCGCCGCGCCGCUGUCAUUGCCGAAGGGGACGAUGUCUCACUGCAGCCGCGCCGCCGCCCGCCUCCUCGGCCGCUUCCUCCGCCUGCAACAGAAUGGAGUACGACACUGCACCUACUCAGCAUCAAGGAAAAAUCUGUAUAUUAACAAAAAUACAAAGGUUAUCUGCCAGGGUUUUACAGGCAAACAGGGCACCUUUCACAGCCAGCAGGCCUUGGACUAUGGCACCAAUCUAGUUGGGGGAAUUUCUCCAGGAAAAGGGGGAAAAACUCAUCUGGGUCUGCCUGUGUUUAAUUCUGUGAAGGAGGCCAAAGAACAAACUGGUGCUUCUGCCACUGUUAUAUAUGUACCACCUCCGUUUGCUGCUGCUGCAAUCAAUGAAGCAAUCGAUGCAGAAAUGCCCUUAGUUGUUUGCAUCACUGAAGGUAUUCCCCAGCAGGACAUGGUUCGGGUGAAACACAGACUGCUUCGGCAGGGUAAGACUCGACUAGUGGGCCCAAACUGUCCUGGAGUCAUCAAUCCUGGAGAAUGUAAAAUUGGUAUCAUGCCUGGUCACAUUCACAAGAAGGGAAGAAUUGGUAUUGUGUCAAGAUCUGGAACCCUGACAUACGAAGCUGUUCAUCAGACAACGCAAGUUGGAUUGGGGCAGUCUUUCUGCAUUGGGAUUGGAGGUGAUCCCUUCAAUGGAACUAAUUUUAUUGACUGCUUGGAUGUCUUCCUGAAGGAUCCUCAUACUGAGGGGAUCAUAUUGAUUGGGGAGAUUGGAGGAAAUGCUGAAGAAGAUGCAGCAGCAUUUCUGAAAGAACAUAACACUGGUCCAAAUGCCAAGCCUGUAGUGUCAUUCAUAGCUGGUCUGACUGCUCCUCCAGGCAGGAGGAUGGGUCAUGCUGGAGCAAUCAUUGCUGGGGGAAAAGGUGGAGCUAAAGAGAAGAUAGCUGCUCUUCAGAGUGCUGGUGUUGUUGUCAGCAUGUCUCCUGCUCAGCUGGGUAGCACCAUCUACAAGGAGUUUGAGAAAAGGAAGUUGCUGUAAGAGAAGACACUUUGGAAUACUGUCUCCAAAACAUCAGCCCAGCACCUGGCCUCUGCUUUAUCUUUUGUCUGCUAAUCUUCAGUUGCCCAAAUGACUGACACUGGCCUAUGAAUUUGACUUGGAAGCCAUAAACCUCCUGGCUAAACCUGUUCUGAUGUCUCCUGGGUUCAGACAUUAUCGCCUCCAUUGUAAAUCACAUCAAAUUAAUAAAUCUACUACUAAAUGUGAUUCAUCUUUGAAUUCCUGAAGCAGAGCAGUUUCUUCAGUCACCCAAACCAAAAUGACCUCUUCUAUUUUAACCACUGCCCGUUUUUAAAGUCAAGUCACUUUUAGAGAUGCUUUUAAGGUUCAAGGCGCUGCCUUUGUGCUCGUAUCACACUUUGCUUUGUUUUUGGAACCUCCAGUCUUACUUGUUGGUUGCUGGCAAAGAUGUUUGUUUGAACAACAGGCCAAAGCUUCCGUCCAUUAAACCAAAGCUGCUGGAUCUGAAGGGGUUGCUUGUUGAUCCACGUAGCUGGACACGCCUGAAGUCCAGACAGUCUUUUGAGGGCUGAUGAGCCGUGCACAGUGUAGUCCUCUCCUGGCAAGGAAUUCUGUUUGUUGUGUGGAGGGGCAGAAUUUUGAUUCACAAAACAGAGUCUACUUUCCCAUGCAAAUGUGUAUUCACAGUUGGCUGUAACUAUGAACAUGAUUUUGUCUUUAGCUUACGUUACCUUAACUUCCUAUUUAUCUUAAGUAGGAUUGCAUUGUUUGUAUGAAGUCCUAAUAACAUUUGGACAUAAUGGAGGAGAAUUAUUCUUCUCGGGACAAGAAUGUAAUGAGGUAACUUCCUUGUUAACCACUCCAGCACUGUAAGGGAAAGAAAGCCCUUUUUGUACUUUGGAAAUAGCCCAAGCAUUGUGCCUAUGAAUGAGUGUUAGAAGAUCUGUCAGGAUGGACUAAACCCAAGAUUGCUUUUCUAUAGAGGACUGAAAGUUCAUGUAAGCUGGCACUUGUCUCAAGCUAACUCCAUGUUCCAUAAAGGUGCUGUUACCAAAACUCGUGUCGUUAUUUGUUCAAAACUGUUCUUAGCUUUCUGACUGUCAAACACCUGUGAAGUUUCUCUUCCUAAUGCAAGAGGUAGGCAGGAAUCUUGAUCCUGACAUUUACAGUUUCUAGAGCCAAGCCCUGAUGACAUGCAUAAAAGGACAGGUCAUCUCUCUGCUGCAAUGAAGGUGUGUUAGUAACGCUUUGUACCCACUCAGGUGGCAGUCAGAUGAUAUAGGCCUUGGGACACAGAGACCAGAUGCUGCAUCAGUCACCUUGGUGUGAUUUACUGAAAUGAUCCUGACAUCAUGCCACUAGACGGCUGAAAGCAGUAUUGGGUGGUAAAUCAUUUGAUGAAGCCUAUGACAACAGAUAGGAAUUCUCUUCCUAGAUCUGCUAAGUUUUCUGGUGGUGCCAGAUUUAAUCUGGAGCAAAAAGCCUGAGCGGUGCCCUUCAGUGAGGCAACAGCAGUGCCGGCACAUCUCAGUCAGUGGAAGAGUGUAGUUCCUCACCAGUGAAUGUCAGGGUAUUGCAGACUGCCUCCUUGGGAGCCUGCUAAUCCAGGUGCCUCGCUGUAGUGGUGGGCUGCACCACACGUCUUUUGGGAUGAGUGAACUGCCUGAAUUUCAUUGUUGCCAUCACUGUUAGAACGGGUGACCUUCCAGGACAAUCAAGCUGUGUAGUAAGUUUUCUGCUAGAACUUGCUCUGUGGAGCAAUUGAGAGGCACCAGCUAUUUGAGAAGACAGCCAUAAACUCCAAUGACUGUGGCCCCCUGAGAAAGUGUUUCCUCCUAUCUCGAAAUCUAAGGAUGCAUUUACAAAUGCAACUUUGAUUCUGUUGUCUGCAGCAGGCACCUGGUGCUGCACCUCAGCAGCUGCCUGGCUCUGAGCCUGAGGCAGCAUCCCUGCCAGCUGGAACUGAGCAUCACCUUCAGAUGGGGAGCAAAUCUGACCUUGUCUGACAGAGAGAAGGCUUAGUUUUCACAGUUUUCUCUUGCUGCCUGAAAGCCUGCACUUGACGAGUAUCAUCAGAACUUCUUACACUGCUAAUGACAAUGUCUCUUUGGAAAACAUCCACAUCUGUGUAAUACCAUAUGGACUUGUGAAUAAACAUUUUGACUAAUCCAA